AAAGUCAAAGAGUACGUACAUCGUGCUCAGGCGGGUUCGGCUAGUCGUUGGCCAACUUUACAGCUCUUUAGUGACUAACUUUAAUUUGCACGUGCUAAUUGUAUUGUUUCGAAGAGUGCUUUUUAAAUUUUAAUUUGUUUGAAAUAUUUGGUGAAUUAGAAUGAUACGCACACUCUUCGUGCUUAUUAGCGUUGUGAAGGUAUUUACAUUACCUGUAGACGACCCAAUUCGCAUUGACUUACCAGUGUACGAUCCACCACAAUCUGAUACAACUGGCACUUUGGCUCAAUCUACGCCACAAGAGAAUUCUGAACAUGAAAGCAACGAAAGGCCAGUGACAAUUGUCUUGGGCAGCAAAGUAAAUUCUAAUUCACUGAUAGGCUCCGUAAACUAUGGAAGUGGUCUUUUUUCGCCGACGGUAACAAAACUGGAUGGUGCUUUAUUGGAAACAGAAGGAAUUGCCAGUAAGGCGUUAUCUGUAAAAGAAAAUGUGCAAAACGCGGUAGCUGGGAUCUUCCAGCCACAGCCGAUAGUGGAUACAAUCAAGGAAGAAGAAAAAUACGGAAACAGUGGCGAUAAAUUCCGUGAUACGGGACGAGCUAUUGUCAAUGGCGCCGAAGGAAUAUCUAACUUUGUGAAUUCAAUUCUCGAAGUUCCGAGCAGAAUAUUUAGAUCAAUAACUCGAGCAGCUAGUGAGAAAUUGAACAACUUGGGCAGCAAACUAGUAGGAUUAUAAAAUGUAUAUUAAUUAACUAAGUUGAAUUUAAGGAUACUAAUGAAAUAUACAAGAAAUAUUCUUUAUGAUUAAGACAAUAAGUUACUUAGAUAUUAAGCUAAGAUAUGGAUUGUGUGCAUAACCGGACCAGAAAUAUAAAAAAAAUCUGGAUUGGGGGAAACAAAAUGUUUUAGCAAUCUUUGCUCAGUAUGUGUAUGCUCACGAAAAUAAAAAAUACAUGUGCGUCUCGGGACGUUCGACGGAAGUGGAAUUCAUAGACAUUGUAGGGGCACCCCCAGGGGAACAUUCAGCCGCUGAGUGUCGGUCAGGCUAUACUUACGCAUUGUCCGUUAGGUCCAUCCAACAAUGUUGACGAACUAGUCGAUUGUUAGAAUGAAUAGAUGAAUAAAUAAAUAAAUAAUAAUAUAUACUUAUGCAAUACACAUAUCACCUGCAGCAGGUGCCCCUGACCUAUAUAAAAAACUUCAUCUUUUUUAUUAAUUGAUUAUGAAACACGGCUAAAACUCACGUGAUAUUACGUCGGAGUAUGCCCGACUAGUUUCGAACCCAUACGGGGCCCUUAGUCAUGAGCUGGUUCUUGCAUCGCGGCACGAUCCAAAAUGAUGUUUGGAGUUGACGUGAGUUUUAGCCGUGUUUCAUAAUCAAUUAAUAUGAAUAACACUCACGAUAGUUUAAAUUCAUCUUUUUAGUUUUAACAGACUCUUGAAUUAUCUUACUGAAAACUUUAUCUUUUUAAUUAAUAACGGAAUUAGUAUGCAAUUUUCGAUUUCCAAUUAUUUUUUAUAAGUUAGUUGACUAUUACUCUCUAAAUAUUAUUCUAUUGCUACUUAGCUGUUAUAGUUUUCCUUGUAAUUUCAUUCUAUACUCAUCUAUCGUGAAUCUUUUUACUUAUCCAUAAAUAAUCGUUUAGCCGGUGGGAUCACAUGACUAACAAAAAUUAGCUCCCUAAUUAAAAUUAUAUUGGUAGAAGACCCUUCACAGCUUUCAAAGACUUAUCCCACACUAUGAAAUAAACGAGUAAAAAAAAAUUCAUCCCUACUUUACAUGCAGGGGAGGUAGCCUAAAAAAUAUAUUUUUCAAGAUUUUAUUUUACCAGAUUG